AUGUAUUUCUCCAAACAAAUUUUCUAUUUUUUACUGAUGGAAGAAGACUCAAGCGUCAAGUAUCCACACAGAGAGUCAAAACCACGCAUGGAAAGAGUAUCAAUGGAAGCUAUCCAAGAUGAAUGGAGGCACUUGUUUGGCGUUGACGGAGAAAACAACAGGGGAUGA